AUGGGGAAAUACAAACAUCAAGUUUUCAGCUUUAGUGAUCAAGAGGAAAUUGUUUGGGAAACACCACCACUAGGUUACUUCAGACUAGACAUUGACGCAUCUGUAAACAAUGAGCAGAAAGCAACAAGUGGAGGUAUAAUUCGAGAUUCUCACGGACAGUGCAUAGUUGGAUACCAAUGCAAACUGGGAUAUGCACAUAGCACCACUGCAGAACUUCUCGUUUUAAUACAAGGUCUCCAGUGCUGUCGGCAAUAUGGACUAGAGAGAGUAAUAGUAUAUACAGAUUCUAUGGAGGUCUAUAAUCUAAUCAUGAGAGAUGGAGACUCGAGCCACCCACUCAGAGAGGAAAUCAAUGUGGCUCGUAGCAUGAUCUUCUCGGAGUGGGAGCUGCAACUCAAAUACACAUCUAGAGACACAAUCAGGUAUGCAAACUGA